AUGAUUAUCAGUGAACAUAGUCGGAAAGCACAUACUCCUAUAUACUGCGGGUAUACUGCCCUACAGCGCGCGGCGUGCGAAGGUCACCUCGAAAUCGUCCGCCAGCUCAUCAAACACAACGCGAAUGUCGACCAUCAGGAUGAUCAGCACGGCAACACGGCGCUGCACGAGGCCGCGUGGAAGGGCUACAGCCAGACGGCGGAGGCGCUGGUUCGAGCCAAAGCCAACGUGUACAUCAAGAACAAGGGGGGCUUCGCGCCCCUGCACCUGGCCUGCCAGAACGGCCACAACCAGACCUGCCGCGUCCUGCUCCUCGCUGGCUGCAAGCCCGACAUCAAGAAUAACGUGAGUUGA